CUGACAUCAGUGUCGGUGCCUAGCACUGGCAGUGCAGCACGCAUUUGAGGCUCGAGCUGCUGAGCAAGCCCCUCAGGUGGGCCCUCAGUCUUUGACCUGCAUUUCAACGUUCAAGUCAGGCUCAACUUGAAGGAUCAUGGCGCAGCCUGAUCUUGGUGUUUGUCUCUCAGCAUUCUGUGGUGACUUCCGCGUUUUUGCGAAUUCACUAGAGAAAAGCUGCAAAGAUUUAAGGCGGGCCGUCUCUGAGAAAAGCCAAGCUUAUGUUGAAGAUGGCCACUUUGCAAGCAUUCUGGAAGAUCUGAGUGCUCAGGUUGAGACCGUGGAGGAGGAAGUUUCUUCACUAGAGGCGUCAACAGUGGAAACAAUCUCAGUGGCAGAACUUUUGGGGCAUUGCAACGAGCUGUUUCUGCAAAACGAAAGUGCAAUCAAGCAGCUGGAAGCACACUUGGAACAGUAUGGCUAUACCCCAGUCCAUCUGGAACCUCUAGAAGAAUCAAACGCCAACCAGGAGCAGCUUGCCAAGCCCUCCCCCUUUCCUAGCCUGAACAAUGUCCACACUCCAAGCUGGGGAUCCCACCAGAAGAUCAUGCCACAACAGCCAAGCGAGCGGUGGCCAAGUGGCAGCAGCGGGAGGCCCCCCGUGCCGUCCAGCAAUGCAAGCACCCCGGCACAUGGAAUGGGAGAGCAAGAAGCACGGCAGGAGUUUGCAUCCCCCAGCAAAGUGGAGGAAACAACGCUGGAGCUACGGCGCGACAUUCUGGGGAGAGGGGCUAAAAGGCCGGCUCCUCCACGCAGUCCAGGGUCCCCCGAGAUCCUGAGCCUAGCUGAUCUGGGCCUCUCCGAUUCGAGUCUUGAGGCAAUCAGGGAUGAUCGAGGAGACGACCCGCCCCCUCCUCCGCCCCGGAUCAAUCCGUCAGUCAGUACUUCGAACAACGGUGCAAACUUUCGCGAGGCCGUUGCUGUGCCACACCACGAGCCUCGAACCUUGUCCAGCUCCUUCGAGACGCCCCGGCCUUCUGCCUCGCAUCCAGCCAGCCGGGCGUCAGCAACUGAUGAUGUCCCCAUCGUCGCUCGACCAGCGGAAGGAGACGAGAAGGGCGAGCGAGCUGUUCCCGGCAUCUCAGUCCGACAGCGGGAUAGGAAACCGUUUGCGUCAAGUGCUGCGGGCGACAGUCUGUUCCCGCUGGCCGAGCCCGUGACUCAGGCCGAGCUCGACUCGGUGCCCUUCUUCUUGCGGGCCCAGGUCUCCCUUCACGAUUUGAAUGCUGCGGUCGAGAAGAUCAACGACAGCGUGACAGACAAGCGGUUCAGCGAGCAGGAAGGCGAAGGGGCGGGGCCGGGCGCGGAUUGGCUCACGCAAGAUGACCUAGCCGCUCUAAACCUCGGCCCACGGCUGAAGGCGUACUUGCUCCUCCUCGUUCGACUGGAUCGGAUAACCGCGAAGCAUGUAGCGGGGGCGACUGCAUAUGCUUUACAAGCCGGUCCAAGCAAGCAGUGAGGACGGACUUCGGGGGACCUUUACCUUCUGCAAGCUACAAUUACCAUAGAUGGUUUGUGCAACCGCAACCGAAUGUGCGUGAUCGAUGUUGCACAGUUGCAUCUAUUACUGCCAUCUUCUCGCUUCAGGGUCCGGCAGUGGGACGCACAGUACUGCUUGCAGUCCUUCUUGGUAUGGUCUUGCGAACAGUAACGAUCCCCCAUUUCAUG